AUGGGUGAACAAGUAUAUUGCGUCUACCCUGUGGGACAUCCAACAAUCAUCACGGAAAGCUUUAGAGAUGUGGAAGAUUAUUUUGGAAUUAUCCAAUGCCGAGUGAUUCCUCCACGGAAUCUGUAUCUUCCGGUACUGCCCUAUCGGUGGUGCCGGAAGAAGCUGAUGUUCCCCCUGUGUCGGACUUGCGCCCUUCUUCAACUGCAGACUCCGUGUACCCACAGACGACGAGCGAGCUCUUGUCGGAACGUGGGUAACGGAGGAAGUCAAAACUGGCGAAAAAGAAAAGAAAGUUACCGCGUCACACAUAUUUACGAAGUGUACCAUUUCCAGGCAUCGUCUACUUCUCUGUUCAGAUCAUACAUUGAUCUGUUUCUGAAGAUCAAGCAGGAAAGUAGCGGAUGGCCUUCGGAGUGUGUGACAGAAGAAGCCAGACUGAAGUACAUUCGCCAGUAUGAAGAAAGAGAGGGCGUCAAGUUGGACGCUGGAAAGAUUUCCAAGAACCCUGGGCGUCGACAAGUCGCCAAGUUGGCCCUGAACAGUUUCUGGGGCAGAUGGGGUAUGAACGUGAACAAAGCCCAACUGACCUAUGUCCACACGGUGCCAGACUUCAAUAAGAUGUUGGCGGAUUCUACUAAAAAAAUCAAAGAUGUCUUUCUUCCCACGUCUGAGGUGAUUGCUAUUUGCUGGGAAUCUGCGAAGGAGUUCGUGCUGCAUGAUGCCUCGACCAAUAUUUUCCUAGCGACCUUUACGACAGCUUGGGCUCGUCUCAAGCUGUUUAGUAAAAUGGAGAAAUUGGAUCGAGACGUCCUGUAUCACGAUACAGAUUCGAUUACCUAUGCCUCGAAUGGUUGCAAUGAUCCCCCCUUGGGCAACUUUCUGGGUGAAUUUACGGAUGAACUGGAGGGUGAUGUGAUUACAACUUUCGUCUCUGGAGGACCCAAAACCUAUGCCUACCAGAUGGCAACUGGGAAAACCUGCUUGCAAAGUCCGAGGAUUUUCAUUGAACUUUCCGGAAUUCCUCAGUUGCUGAAUUUUGAAAGCCAUUAA